UAAAUUUUCAAGCAAACUUUAUUCUAGAUUCUUGUUUUAAUUUUCAAGCAAUAUAAAGACACUGAAGAAGCAUCAUGGAUGCCACCUAACCUGUAAUCCUGUUCAGCUUCUUCCCACUAUCUUCACACAAAGUACUGUAAGACAAAGAUAGUCAAAAGUAUCAUUAAUAAGAAAAUCAGGGAAAUGAAAUAGACAGAUAGAUAAGAAAUAAAGGGCCUUAAAUUAAGGAGAGAAGUUUUGCAAUUAUUGAAAAGUCCACAAACCCUAGCCAACCACUACCACAAUUCCAAUCAAUCAUCAAAUAUAGUACACUUAUACAAUAAUAAUAUACCAAAAGGAAACCACCAAGAAAAUUCACAACCAAACUCUCUUUUUUCUCACUCUUUUUUUUGUUCCUCCAAAGAAUACUCUUUUUGCUGUCCUAAGAACACAUAAAGGUUCUAUCUUUGGUGUAUAUUUUGGGUAUAUCUGUUGUUUUCCUCAGGGUGAUAUUAGAGGACUGAGAUCUAGUGUUUCAGAUGUGUUCUACGAGUUGAUUGUACUAGAGUGAUAUUUUCUGGAGAUAAAAAAGCUUUAGCUUUAGCUGUAGCUGAUUUUGGAGUCAUGCCAGUUUCUGGGAACGAAGAGCCUGGGGUUCUUGCCCGGCAGUCUAGUAACUCUUCGUCAGGUAUCCCACUUAAGAAGAGAUGGUACUCUAUGUUCCAGCCUCCUUCACCUGUCCGUGCUGAGCCAUCUUCUAUAUCUAAUGAAAUUGAAUCCAAGACCAAAGAUUCUGGCUUGGGCCAAGGAUCAACCUUGAAUUCCUGUGAUAGUACAGGUAAAUCCGAUACUUCCAAGAACUCUCUUCUGGAGGUAAAAGAAGAAAGGCCUUCGGGUGCAAAAGUUGACUCUCAACCAACUAUGCUACCAUUUUUAUCCAUAUCUCCAGAAACAAAUCCUAAUACUAGCUCCGGUCCUUCAAGAAAUGUAGCCAAUCAAGUGAAACCAGCAUUGGCCGAAAAAGUUGACUCUCAACCUACUAUGCUACCAUUUUUAUCCAUAUCUCCAGAAACAAAUCCUAAUACUAGCUCCGGUCCUUCAAGAAAUGUAGCCAAUCAAGUGAAACCAGCAUUGGCCGAAAAAUUAGGGAACCAGGAACGUCUAGGUACGAAAAUAGUGACUGUGAAGAAGGAAGUUAUUGCCAAACAAGGGGAAAGCCACAGUAAACUUGAACUUUCAGCCAAUUCAGGGCACUUUGAACUGUCAUUAGGCCCAAAGGAACCUCAUGUUUCUUCUUUGGUUGAUCCGAGUACUGAAGGGAGUGGCCUGAUGCGUGGAACUGUAAAUCCUUCAUUGCUUUCUCUGUCUUUGAACAAAGGGAAGGACAUUUCCCAGGACGGAAGUUGCCCGACUGGAUUGAAUAACAAUGAUGCUGAUGAUACUGCACGCACUAAUAGAUGUAACUGGGAUCUGAAUACUCCCAUGGAUUCAUGGGAGGGUUCUGGUGAUGAUGUUCCUGUUCAAGAUGCAAGUCAAGUUGAUCUGUUACCUAAGACGUCUAGUUCAUUAGAUAUAAAGCCGGCUGUUAGUUCUGCUUCUGUUAUUGGUGCUAAUAGUGAUAAAGGGAAGCAAGUUGUUCAAGCUAGUGAGCAGGAAUUUAAUUUUCCCAUCUCAAUACCUCCUAGCCUAUCAUAUAAGUCUGCGGAUGUGCUUCGUCUUAGUCUUGGUAGUACUUUAAGAGGGUUUAACUCCUCAGUACUGCAGUCAUUGAGUAAAGUGGACUCUAACAGGGUUAGUCCAAACUCGAGUUUGCUGAAAAAUCAGGCAUUGAAUAGAAACAUGAAUUCCCCCACUUGUAAAUCUGUUAAGUCAGAACCUGUUGAAGAAACCUUGGUACAAGCUAAUGAUGGAACUGCGUGUUGUCCAGCUGGAACAUUGGAGGCUAAUGUAGUAAAACCUGAAGUUCUGAGGCAGAAUAUGCAGUCUAUUGAGUUGUCAACUAAGGGCCCUCAGAAAUUAGUUGAGCAAAAACCAAUGAAAUGCGAACCACUCCAGGAGGUUAGCCCAGAAAUAUCCAUGACGUCAGAUGUGAUUGCGCACCAAUCAGUUGGAAGGGUUUUGCAACUUCAGGAGAGUUCGUCGUCUUCUUGUUCUUCUUCUCCUUCUUCUACGCUGCCAGUGCCUUUGACCCCUCAACAGGGAUGCCCUUCUAGAUUGUCUACCUGCUCAGACUUGUCUGUGAGUGGUGGGGACUUGUCUACUCCAUCCGAGUACUCUGUUCAAACCAAUGAAGCUAAUAGAAGUAAAGAUGCUCUAGAUCAGGCAAAUGCUGAUGUUGCUGCUAAAAAUGCAAACUUUGACCUGAAAGAAUCAAAUGUAUCCAGUGAUAAAGUGGAGGCAUCUGUUUCAGAGGGCAUGGAUAUUGGAGAUCACAAGAUAUGCAAAAAUACCCAAGAACCACAUAAUUUGGUUACAAGUGGUGAGGGAUCGGCAAAUGAUGAGGAGAAGAUAAGCAUAUCAGCUGGUACAGAAGAAGAAUGUUAUGGUUCUGAUUAUGAAUCUGAUGGUCAUCAUGCUUUUGCGGGACUUGUUGACACUGCCAGUGGGUGUGGCAGAGAGGAUGAGGAAUAUGAAGACGGUGAGGUCCGAGAACCAAUGAUGCAGUCAAUUGCAGAAGACCCAAUUGCUGAGCGGAUGGAAUCAGGGAAUAAUGAAGCUUCUUGCAAAAAUCAAGAAUCUCACUGCUUCAAUAAUGAUGAAAAGGAUUACAGUAUACCAGUUCAUACUGAGUCUAAUGCUGAAUUUGCGAAAGGCUGUGAAGACAAAGAUGACAAAAUUGAUCAUAAAGACGGUAAUCUGCAGAGUCCAUUAUUAGAUAAAGAGGAAACAACUGGAGAUGAUGAGCAGAGGCUUAUUAGCGCUAUUCAACAAGGACCAGUUGGUCAAUCGGGAAUAGCAGAUAUGCAGGAGGGAUGCGAAAAGGAUGUCUUAUGUGAUGGAGCACCUGCUGGAAGCAGUGGGGCUGGCAGAGUUGUUGGCGAGGCUAAUAAUGAGAAUAUUGUAAGAUCUGAUAUGUCACCAACAGCCGCAUCAUCUUUGCAAAAUGCUGAAACAUCUGUUAAUGCUAACUCCGGUAAAGAUACGUCAAAUUUUGGAGGCAAGAGCCGGAUUAUCAGUUUACCUCGUGCAUCCAAUGUGUCAUCUCCUAGUAGUUUCAGACCUUUUACGGGUAGGUCACUGUCUUCAAGAAGUGGAAGAGAGAGGUAUUCUGAUAUGGAGGAAGAGAAAUUCCAUCUACGAAGGAAUAGAGAUGAAACUUAUGCUGAUGGUCCUAAGUUUGUUCGAGAUAGGAUUCAGGACCGGUCAUUUGGGAGCUCAAGGGGGAAUAUUCAGGAUCGGUCAUUUGACGGCUCAAGGGGGAACUUCAUGCGGGGAAGAGGGAGGGGCUCAGCCCGGUUUGACAGUUCACGUAGAGAAUGGGAUUCUGGGCGUGAUUUUGAAAGCUAUGGAGGUGUAGCUGAUUAUCGGUUUAGACCUAAACGUAGAGCUGCUGUUGGGGAAUCUGAAAUUGAUCGUAAUGAUGGACCAGAUGGUCAUUUCGUUCGGGGUAAUAUAAAGUUUAACACAAUGCAGAGAAGAGGUUUCACUCGAAUGCGGUCUAAAUCUCCCGUUAGAUCCCGUUCCCCUGGCCCUUGGUCAUCUCCCCGGAGGAGAUUGACUGAAGGAUUUAAUGGUAUACCAGAUUCAUCUCAUCACAGGUCCCCAGCUAUGUACAGGGAAGAUAGGAUGAGGUCUUCUCCACGAACUUCUUUUACUGAAGAGAUAGUUCCUCGAAGACGUGAUUCCCCCUCGUAUACUGCUCGACGUCUGAAUGAUAUGAGGGAUGUGGACGCUGUACAGGAGCACGGUCAUCCGAGGUCUCUUUCUAGCAGAAGAAGUCCACCUGAUAGGGUAUUUACUAGAAGCAAUAGGAGACUUGAGAUUAUAGAUCGUCGGGAGAGGGCUGAUGGGGAUGAGUACUUUGAUGGGCCGAUACACUCUGGUAGAUUUUCUGAGCUUCGCAGUGGUGGAGGUACUGACGAGAGAAGGAAGUAUGGUGAGAGGCGAGGAGGACCUGUUCGUUCUUUUCGUCCUUAUAACAGUGAAAAUGACAAUUUCCGUUUCCAUCCAAAUGGUGGCCCUCGACCUUUUAGGUUCUAUCAAAAAGCUGAUGCAGAAUUCGUUGAAAGAAGUAAUACUAGGGAAAGAGAAUUUGAUGAUAAUAUCGAGGAUCGACCUUUACCUAGGCGAAUGAGAAAUGUCGAAGAGCAAGAAGGUGGUAAUUCUAGACAGAGUGGGCAGAUUUGGCAUGAAGAGGAAUUUGAUGUCUCAAGAUUGAAGAGAAGAAGAUUUUGACUUUAUAAACCUGGUGGAUAUCAGCAGCUGUGCCAUGGGAAACACUGUUUCUGUAACUUUUAGUUCCUGAAAGCGAAUUCUUGUUCCUUGCUGACAGGUACGGGUAAAUAUGCUUCGUGUAACUGAGGAACAGAGUCCGACUUUUAAAUGCUUCUAGACGAAUGAUAAAUGUUGAAGAGAAAAAGGGGACUCUAGACACAAUAAGGGUCUGGCGUGAAGAGGGGUUGAUGUCUCAUUGAGAAGAAGCAGAUUUUGACUUAAUAUCCCAUUGAACCUCGAAUCUUUGGGAAGUAUGAAUUAAUGCCGGUCUUUGCUUCAGAAAAAAGAAAUCUCGUCGCUAGUAGGCUGUCCAAGGAACGUGCUUUUACCAUUGCUGCCUGCUUUUUGUUCUUUUGGAGGAGGAAAAUACUAGUUUAAGAUGCUCUACUAUGCUGGCUUGAAUGCUAUUUUUACUAGUUUAAGUUGCUAAUAUGCAUGCUGGCUUUGUGUAAAGCUUCUGGUUUAAAUGACUGGAUUCGGUGGUUUUAACCAGCUGAUGAUGACCAGUUAGACAAACAGGUUGGUGAUGGGAAAUUGUCCAAGGUGAAUUAUGCAGGUUAAGUAUGAUAUAACAAUAACACCAUCAAUGAGAACCAAUAUCAUUGAGAUGGAUGUACAUACUACCUCAUUUGCAUCUCUUGUGACGUCGUCCCCAUUCUCUUUAAUGUUUUUUGGUCUAACCAUUCGGUA